AUGAGACGCGCCUUUCCCGAGCGUCCUUCUGCAGGAGGAAUCACCCGCCGGAGGCCGAAGGGCGCCGUCGGGCGAGUCAGCCAGACCCCACAUCACCACGACGUCACCCAGCCAGACCCCACACACCACGACGUCACCCAGCCAAGACCCCACAUCACCACGACGUCACCCAGCAGACCCCACAUCACCACGACGUCACCAGCCAGACCCCACAUCACCACGACGUCACCCAGACAGACCCCACAUCACACGACGUCACCAGCCAGACCCCACAUCACCACGACGUCAUCCAGCCAGACCCCACAUCACACGACGUCAGCCAGACCCCAACAUCACCACGACGUCACCCAGCCAGACCCCCAUCACGACGUCACCCAGCCAGACCCACAUCACCACGACGUCACCCAGCCAGACCCCACAUCACCACGACGUCACCAGCCAGACCCCACAUCACCACGACGUCACCCAGCCAGACCCCACAUCACCACGACGUCACCCAGCCAGACCCCACAUCACCACGACGUCACCCAGCCAGACCCCACAUCACCACGACGUCACCCAGCCAGACCCCACAUCACCACGACGUCCACCCAGCCAGACCCCACACCACCACGACGUCACCCAGCCAGACCCCACACCACCACGACGUCACCCAGACAGACCCCACACCACCACGACGUCACCCAGCCAACCCACACCACCCACGACGUCACCAGCCAGACCCCACUCACCACGACGUCACCCACCAGACCCCCACCACCACGCACGUCACCCAGCCAGACCCCACAUCACACGACGUCACCCAGCCAGACCCACAUCACCACGACGUCAACCCAGCCAGACCCCAUCCACACGACGUCAACCAGCCAGACCCCACAUCACCACGACGUCCCCAGACAGUCACCCAGCCAGACCCCACAUCACCACACGACGUCACCACGUCACCCAGCCAGACCCCACUCCAUCACCAGCCAACGACGUCCACCCAGCCAGACCCCACAUCACCACGACGUCACCCAGACAGACCCCACAUCACCAUUCACUCAUCCCCCUAUAGCUAAACCCCACGUCAAUAUUUACCUUUAA